CGUGUGUGCGCGCGUGUGUGCGCGAGUGAGUGUGUGCGCGGGGGUGCGCGCGCGGGCGGGAGUGGGCGCGCGCGGGGAAAGGCCCGAAAACACCUUAGUUUGCACCGAGAGACCAUUUGCAGCGGAACCCGAAAGUUUGCAAGAGGAAGAGAGCGCGCGGCGAGCCAGCGGGCGAGGGGCAGCGGCGGCGGCGCCGGGGACCAUGGUGCUGCCGGCGCCGCGUCCGCGGGCGUGAAGGCGGCGCCCCCACUCCCUCCCCGGACUCCGCCGUGUCCCAGGAGCUGUUGCUGACUAUUCCCGUUUCCAGACGAAACAUUUGGGCAAUGGUGAGGGCUUCCACCCCUUCUCCGAUUUGCUGUCGACCAUGAACGGGUGGAUGUGAUGCUUGCUGGCAGAAAGGGGUAAGAAGUGACCUUUUGAGGUGACUGUACCUGAAGAUUGCUUUCCAGAAGCCAGAAAAGGUUUUUGAGUCAUGAUGCAAGAAUCUGGGACUGAGACAAAAAGUAACGGUUCAGCCAUCCAGAACGGGUCGAGCGGCGGCAACCACCUGCUCCCGUGCGCCGGGCUUCGCGAAGGGCGGUCCAACGGGGAGACGCCGGCCGCCGACGCGGGGGCGGCCGACCUCGCGCACGUGCAGCAACAGCAGCAGCAGGCACUUCAAGUGGCAAGACAGCUACUCCUUCAGCAGCAACAGCAGCAGCAAGUUAGUGGAUUAAAAUCCCCCAAGAGGAAUGACAAACAACCAGCCCUUCAGGUUCCCGUGUCAGUGGCUAUGAUGACACCUCAAGUUAUCACCCCCCAGCAAAUGCAGCAGAUCCUCCAGCAACAGGUGCUGAGCCCUCAGCAGCUCCAGGUCCUCCUCCAGCAGCAGCAGGCCCUCAUGCUCCAACAGCAGCAGCUUCAAGAGUUUUAUAAAAAACAACAGGAACAGUUGCAGCUUCAGCUUUUACAACAACAACAUGCUGGAAAACAGCCUAAAGAGCAGCAGCAGGUGGCUACCCAGCAGUUGGCUUUUCAGCAGCAGCUUCUACAGAUGCAGCAGUUACAGCAGCAGCACCUCCUGUCUCUGCAGCGCCAAGGCCUUCUUACGAUUCAGCCCGGGCAGCCCGCCCUCCCCCUCCAGCCCCUCGCCCAAGGCAUGAUUCCAACUGAACUGCAGCAGCUCUGGAAAGAAGUGACAAGCGCUCAUACCGCGGAAGAGACCGCAGGCAGCAAUCACAGCAGUUUGGAUCUGACCACGACAUGUGUCUCCUCCUCUGCACCUUCCAAGACCUCCUUAAUAAUGAACCCACAUGCCUCUACCAAUGGACAGCUCUCAGUCCACACCCCCAAAAGGGAAAGUUUGUCCCACGAGGAGCACCCCCAUAGCCAUCCUCUCUACGGACAUGGUGUAUGCAAGUGGCCAGGCUGUGAAGCAGUGUGCGAAGAUUUCCAAUCAUUUCUGAAACAUCUCAACAGUGAGCAUGCGCUGGACGAUAGAAGUACAGCUCAAUGUAGAGUACAAAUGCAGGUUGUACAGCAAUUAGAGCUACAGCUUGCAAAAGACAAAGAGCGCCUGCAAGCCAUGAUGACCCAUCUGCACGUGAAGUCUACGGAACCCAAAGCCGCCCCUCAGCCCCUGAAUCUGGUAUCGAGUGUCACGCUCUCCAAGUCUGCAUCGGAGGCUUCUCCUCAGAGCUUACCUCAUACUCCAACGACCCCAACCGCCCCCAUCACUCCUGUCACCCAAGGCCCCUCCGUCAUCACCACCACCAGCAUGCAUACGGUGGGACCCAUCCGCAGGCGGUACUCAGACAAAUACAACGUGCCCAUUUCUUCAGCAGAUAUUGCGCAGAACCAAGAAUUUUAUAAGAACGCAGAAGUUAGACCACCAUUUACAUAUGCAUCUUUAAUUAGGCAGGCCAUUCUCGAAUCUCCAGAAAAGCAGCUAACACUAAAUGAAAUCUAUAACUGGUUCACACGAAUGUUUGCUUAUUUUCGGCGCAAUGCUGCCACGUGGAAGAAUGCAGUGCGUCAUAAUCUUAGUCUUCACAAGUGUUUUGUGCGAGUAGAAAACGUUAAAGGGGCAGUAUGGACAGUGGAUGAAGUAGAAUUCCAAAAACGAAGGCCACAAAAGAUCAGUGGUAACCCUUCCCUUAUUAAAAACAUGCAAAGCAGCCACGCCUACUGCACACCUCUCAAUGCAGCUUUACAGGCUUCGAUGGCUGAGAACAGUAUACCUCUAUACACUACGGCUUCCAUGGGAAAUCCCACUCUGGGCAACUUAGCCAGCGCCAUACGGGAAGAGCUGAACGGGGCAAUGGAGCAUACCAACAGCAACGAGAGUGACAGCAGUCCGGGCAGAUCCCCUCUGCAAGCCGUGCAUCCUGUGCACGUCAAAGAAGAGCCCCUCGAUCCGGAGGAAGCUGAAGGGCCUCUCUCCUUAGUGACAACAGCCAACCACAGUCCAGAUUUUGACCACGACCGAGAUUACGAAGACGAACCAGUAAACGAGGACAUGGAGUGAGCGUCUCCGGGCGGGCCAACCCCCAGAACGAAGAUCGGGAAACAGAACAAAACAAAACAAAACACGUCAAAAGUUAGCGGUGAAAUUGUUCUCCACUUGUUGUACAGUCUGGAGGAUUUUCACUCCAUUCGGACACCUCUGAAACGUGUUAACUCUGAGUGCCAUCAAGAAUCCCAUUUGGGAGUAUUUUUGAUUUUUCUACUUUUUGUUGAAAAAAGGAAUUUGUACUCUGUGCAUUGGAUGGACUUGUUUGGUACUUGGGAUUUUCCUCUCCUAACAGUCAACAUCAGUGUUGUAAAUUUGCUAAACUGAUUCACUUUUAGCAGCAGACUCGGAACUGCCGUCCUGCUGACGCCGCGGGACACCGAGGACACCCAACUGAGCAUGUGCGUCUGAGCUGUAGACCCAGCCUCUGCCCAGAAUUUAAGGAUUCCAAUGGACGACCUAUUUGCACAGUACUGCAUGUUAAUUAUCACUGCCUUUAUUGCUUUUUUUUUUUUUUUUUUUGGUUCGUUUUU